CUCUCUCUCUGAAUCUCUCCGCCUCUCCGCCAAAGCCACCUUUGCCUGGCGCUUCCUCCCUCCUUCCCCUCCUCCAUCUCCCUCCUUUCCUCCCUGGUCUGCUUCCUCUUCUGAGGCUGGACUUUUCUCCUUCUCAAACUCUCUCUCUCUGAUCAUCAUCAUCACCAUCAUCAUCAUCAUCAGAGCCCAUGUGCUCGGCUCCAGGGAGAUCGGGCAGCUCCUGCUCGGCGGUGCCUUGAGCCUCUCUUCCUCCUCCUCCUCCUCCUCUUGCUCUGCUUUGAGCAGCCAGGCCAGGAGAAGGAAGAUGUCCAGCACGCCCCACGACCCUUUCUACUCCUCGCCUUUCGGGCCCUUCUACCGGAGACACACGCCUUACAUGGUCCAGCCCGAGUACCGCGUCUAUGAGAUGAACAAGAGGCUCCAGGCUCGCACCGAGGACAGCGAUAACCUCUGGUGGGAUGCCUUUGCAACAGAAUUUUUUGAAGAUGAUGCAACCUUAACCCUUUCAUUUUGUUUGGAAGACGGACCAAAGCGAUACACAAUUGGAAGAACCCCAUUCCUCGUUGAUUUUAGCACUGUCUUUGAAGGUGUGACAGACCUGUAUUACCUCAAGCACUCAAAAGCAUAAUCAACACACUCCUCUAUCACAGUGGACUGUCAAUGCACCAUGGUCACUCAGCAUGGAAACCUCAUGCCCACCAAGGUGUGUACAGAAGGACGUCUUAUCUUGGAAUUUACCUUUGAUGACCUUAUGAGAAUAAAAACAUGGCACUUUACCAUUAGACAAUACAGAGAAUUAGUCCCUCGCAGUAUUUUAGCCAUGCAUGCACAAGACCCUCAGGUGCUGGAGCAGCUGUCCAAAAACAUCACUCGUAUGGGUCUGACUAAUUUCACCCUCAACUACCUCAGGGUAAGCUUAUUGUGA